UGACGUCAUACACGCGACCAAAACAUAUCCUUUGCGUCGUUUAGGUGCCGAGCUGACUGUUCGUCAUGUAUGGUUGUUCUUUCUGGAUACAAGUCGUAAUUUCACACUGACAAUGAUUUCAGUGAGUUAUAUUCUGUUGUGUGGACAGUUCUUACUCCUGCUGACGGUGAUUCUGUUACAAUGUCUGGACGGAAUUCACUCUCAAAACUCGACCACCACGGACACGCCCGCUGCGUCUCCCGGUCCGGGGGCGACGUCGGUCCCGUUCAGCGAGCAGACGACAGACUCGGUGAAAAAUGAAAUACCGGUAGAAAGUACGAACUAUACAGAGACGUACGAGUACAAACCACCAUCACCAGUGGUCCUCUGCAGCUAUCUACCAGAGGAGUUCAUCUACUGCCAAGACCCAGUAGAUCAUGCAGGCAACAGCAGUGCCUAUCUGGAGAUGGGCCACGGUUGUGUUUGGUGGGGAGGCCAGACUCAAAAAGAGGUGAACCACACACCGGUGAUCUGCACUGCUCUGGAUGAUAUCGAGUGUGCUGGACCCAGAGAAUUCCUCAGAGGAAACGUACCGUGCAUCAAAUAUACUGGGCAUUAUUUCAUCACCACGCUGCUGUAUUCCUUCUUCCUCGGUUGUUUCGGCGUCGAUCGUUUCUGCCUGGGCCACACCGGUACUGCCGUUGGGAAGCUGUUAACCCUUGGAGGCCUGGGAAUCUGGUGGUUUGUGGACUUGAUCCUGCUCAUCACCGGUGGUCUGAUGCCCAGCGAUUACAGCAACUGGUGCACCUACUACUGAGACAGCGGAGUGGGACAGACAGCGGAGUGAGACAGACAGCGGAGUGAGACAGACAGCGGAGUGAGACAGACAGCGGAGUGAGACAGACAGCGGAGUGAGACCGAAGGCUUCCCAUUCUGAAAUCAUCUGUUAGAUAUCAAGAACUCCAGGGACAUGGUCUCAGCCUGCCAUGAUUCUGAAUCCUUGUGCUGGUCCACCCCAUGGGGGAUUUUUAGCUCAGCUGUGCAAAGUGGAGUCCACGGACUUCCUGAGGACUCGUACAAGGUUCCAUUCUAAUUGUAUUCCCUUUAAAUAUCCUACUUUGAGAUUGCAUAACAAAGACCGUUCUUGCAGUUUUCAGAAAAAGGUGGUAAUGGCAUUUUAUAGGUAAGGUUACUUUAGAACUAAACGUUCGGUUACAUUGACCCGUGCCAAGAAAAAAAACAUACAUUGUUGCCAAACGGCCGGGCUUAGUGCACAUGAAAUUCAGGGUGAUGUACGUCUGAUCACCCAUCUUGAAUUCCUUGGUUGGUACCAACGCUCGGCCCAAAUGGUCUGUUAAUGUUAGGUCUUAAUAGACCCACUCUCAAACCUCAAAAAUGGCAUCUAUAAGAGCCCCCCAAAUCAUCUCCAACACGUUUUAUAUUAAGGAUUAAAAAAUCUGGAUGAUGAAAUCACAACAGCCAAUGGCAGACAGCUCAGCUAAUGUUAGCUGGAAGCUGAAAAUCAACAUCUCACCGCUGGUUCUGACUGAAAAAACAAAAACCUUUUGAAUUGUUUAACUUACUUAAAAGCAUAACUACAGCCAGAUGCACCAACUGAUUUACUUGAGAUAUACAUACGAUUGAUUAUUUAUCGGCUGAUGGUCUGAAGAUGGUCUAAAUAGCAGUCCAGUCCUUGUUUUUAUGCUAAUAUUACAUUCCUACCAUCAUUACAUCAGGCAGUUGUUCAUUUUGCUUUUACACCACAAACGAAACACAGCAAGAUUUCUGGAACUCCUGAUUCAGAGCAGAGGUUUUUAAUUGGACAGAUGAAGUCGCCUGUUGAACAAACACUGACUUCUUUUCAUCGUCAAAACAUAAGAGAAAAUGUCGACAUUGUGGGACUUGUACACAUCUCUAUAGUUAUCAGUUAAUUAAAGGAUAGAAGCAUACCGCUCAGAAAGAUGCAACCUGAAUAAAUCUCAUUCAGUAAGCUUCAUGUGACAUCACAGAGAAAGUCACCUCGUUGUUUGUCCAUACUUCAGCUUUCACAAGCAGAUCCAAAACCAACAGGCAACAAUGUGUUUUUUCUUUUCCUGUUUUGUCCAAAUGAAGGGAACAACAAUGGGGUGCUGGUGGUGUAGUGGUAGGUCCGUACUGUGAUCCUCCAGUAGUGGCCAGGGUUCAGAACCGACCUAUGGCUCCUAUUCCCACAUGUCGUUACCCACUCUCUCUCGCCAAUUUAUCACUAUCCACUGUCCUACCUCUACAAUAAAGACACAAAAAGCCCCAAAAACAUUUUUUUUUAAAAGAAUUGAACAACAGGAGUGAAAAUCACCAAAAAUCCUCCAAAAUGUUCUGAAAGUAAAAUGUGAAUCCAGUGUGUGGAUUUAUAAAUAUCUGGUAUGAAAUCUGAGGAAAUACUCAAGACUACCGACAUGAGGAUUAUACAUCUAUAAAUAUAUGCUGGGCAUUGUCUGGGCUGGACAAAAAAACCAAACACUUCCUGUCUUCCUGUUCCUGCCUUAUUUAUGUUUGCCUCUCACUCUGUAGUGAUGCACUGUGUAGGUGACAGCCACCUUCCAUUUAAACUCUUAACAAGUGAUCUUAGAAAUAUCCUGCAGUUUACUAAGGACAACCUCCUACACGCGCUCAUGAUCUGAGCUUCCCUUCUUCAGUUGACCCUUCAGCAGAGUCCUCCUCUAUCGGAGGCGUUCAGAUAUUUCUGCUGCUUUAAUGUGUUUCAGCUGUUCUCUGAGUGAUUAACAACACAGCCUCAAGCUGAGAGGAAGAUACAACCUGAGAUGGACAGCGUUCACACAAGUCGUCAGGCUGUGAUUUAUUGUUUUUUAAGUUUUGACUUGAAUGUCAGGAAACAGAACAACGAGUGAAUUCCUUUCCCUUCAGUCACUCCUCGAGUGCUGUACAGGAGCAGUCAGGUGUCGAGUCUGACCUGAAUGUCUCAAACGAAAACAAAUCUUGAUCUUCAUUGACCUUCUCUAGGCACGGGUCUCUUGAGAAUUAAAAUCUUCAUUCUUUACUAAAUUUCUUGUCUUUGCCUGAGCUGAAGGUUUAUAAGCUCAUUCACAGGUAGAGCAGGUUUCAUUGUCGAAGGACCCAUAAAAACCCUUUGAGAUCAUCAAAAAGACGACAUCAUUUUUAGCAGGUGAUAUAUUUUCAGCUUGCGGAACAUCUUAAAGGUCACUCAUUCUCCUCCUUUUAAACCAGUUUCAUUAAGUCUCAGAGCUCCUCAAAACGUGUGUGUGAAGUGUCUUGUUCUAAAUCC